AUGCUUCCUCUCUAUCUUUUCUCGGCAUUUGCUGCUCUCGUGGCCGCAGUUCCGGCUUCUUCUGAGCGUCGGCAGGACGCUGGUCCUUGCAGUGGAAAUACUGCAGACGACCGAUCAGUCUGGUGCGACUACGACAUAAGUACGGACUACUAUGAUACUGUGCCAGACACCGGAGUAACUCGCGAGUACUGGCUCGAAAUCACCAACACAACCCUCGGCCCAGAUGGUGUCGAGCGUGUCGUUCUGAGUGUGAACAACACAAGCCCUGGGCCGCUUAUCUGGGCCGACUGGGGUGACACUGUUGUCGUUCAUGUCUCCAACAGCCUCUCGAUCAACGGAUCAAGCAUACACUGGCAUGGUAUCAGACAGAACUAUACCGUUCAGAAUGACGGUGUACCUUCUAUCACUCAAUGCCCCACGGUUCCUGGUGAAACAUACACCUAUACAUGGCGAGCAACCGCGUACGGAUCAUCAUGGUAUCAUAGCCACUACGCCCUCCAGGCUUGGGAAGGUGUUUUUGGUCCCGUUCUCAUCAACGGUCCUGCUACUGCAAACUACGAUGUCGACGCCGGCUCGAUUACCCUCAGCGACUGGAGCCACCAGACGGCGGAUGCUCUGUACUCUUAUGCUCAGACUGUUGGACCGCCAACUUUGAGUACAGGACUUAUCAAUGGUACAAAUUCGUACAAUAACAGCGGGACUACGGUUGGCUCUCGCUUUGAGAUGAACUUUGAGGCUGGGACCAGCUACAAACUUCGCCUGGUCAAUGUUGCCAUCGACACCUACUUCAAAUUUAGCAUUGACAACCACACGCUGACUGUCAUUGCCGCUGAUUUCGUCCCUAUCGUACCAUAUACUACUGAUGUCUUGAGCAUAGCCAUGGGACAAAGAUAUGAAGUGAUCGUCACAGCCGAUCAGGGCGCAGAAGGAGACUACUGGAUGCGUGCAACCAUGAUGACUGCGUGCUCGGAGAACGACAACCCUGAUGACACCAAGGGCAUAAUCCGCUACGACUCCUCCAGCACAGCCGACCCUACGACUACCGGCUACGACUACGUCGACGAGUGCGUUGACGAAGCCAUCUCCAACUUAGUUCCCUAUGUGUCUCGUAGCGUCGACACAGGUGAUAGCUCCACUCUCCCCGUCACAGUCGCCAAGAACACCGACGGCUGGUUCAAGUGGUCGCUCGGGACGACUUCCAUGGUCGUCGAAUGGGGCGACCCAACACUCCUCCAGAUCCAGACCGACUCAGCAGCGACGUUUGAGGCCAACGAUGCCGUCCAAUCUCUCGACACUGCAAACUCCUGGGUGUACUAUGUCAUCUCAACCACCCUUCCCGUCCCCCAUCCCAUCCAUCUCCACGGCCACGACUUCUACGUUCUCGCCCAAGCUGCCUCCGCGACGUACAGCUCCUCCGUCGCGCUGAACCUCAGCAACCCGCCGCGUCGCGACACCGUCAAUUUGCCUGCGUCAGGCUAUGUAGUCAUAGCCUUCUACACCGACAACCCGGGCGCUUGGCUCAUGCAUUGCCACAUCGGCUGGCACACGGAAGAAGGACUCGCGGUACAGUUUGUGGAGAGGCAGUCUGAGAUUCCCGGUCUGCUUGACAAUACGACGUUGACGGAGACGUGUGAUGCUUGGAAUGCAUUUCAGACGUCAAUUGGGCUUGUGGAGGAGGAUUCGGGGAUUUGA